UGUUACCCUUGAAGAAUUAUGGAUAUUGAUUGUUCUAUUUAGGUGUAUCAAAGAUAUAGUUGAUGUGAUAUGUUGAUGCAAAAGUCCAUUUUCAUCCUCAUAAUGGUCAAUCACAAAAUGACUAUUUGUUUAUUUGUGAAGCUACGAUCCGAAAAACUACCAAUAAAAUAAAAUCUUAACAAUUCACGAGGUAAGCUGUGAAUAUGUUUGGUUUAGAUUUGAGAUUCAACACAUAUGAGAGACUUAUUGACUGUCUCCACAAAUAUUGAUUCAAUGAUCAUGUAUGAACAUAGUUCGACAAUAUAUCACCAAGUUAAUAGAAUGACAUAUUGAAGAACAGAGAAAAAACAUAUUUCAUAAAAAAAUCAUUAUCACUUAUGAUCUUCAAAAGAGUAGAGAAAUAAUUGUUCUAAUAGACCAAUCAAACGAUACAAGCAUUUUCGUUUGCUAAAUUACUUAAGAAGAUGCUAUAUGAAAAGUGUUAGCCUCCCCUCAUCCCAUUGUUUCAGUUUCUACUUUGCUCUUGUGUUUCUUCAAUAUUAUUUUUAGCAUAAUUUGAAUAUGAAAACCCCAAAAGACAUCUACUUGUUAGGUUGGGGAGUCGCACGCACAAAAAAAAAAAAAAUGGUGAAGAAUGCUCUGUCCUCUCUCCUACGGAAAAUCGUGGGAACUGCAUACUUCCUCUUCCUCUCCAUUUGGUUUUCGAAGGAUGAAACCAUGGAGAGCUCAACAGGAUGGGCAAGCUGGGCGAGAAAAAGCUUGGAAGAGUUAUGGGGCAAGGUGGAGGCGGUGUUCAGGCGGAACAAGGGCCCUAUGAUGCGCACAGCGGCGAAGAAACGUUGGCUGGAAGACGCACGGGGUGGGGUAAUUGCGAUGAUGAAUACUGGGUUUGGCCAGUGCGGAAAACCUCCUUCGGAGGGUGGUGAUCUGAGUAGGGAUCAUGAAAAUGAAACGGUGAUGUCAAUGGGCAAGUUUGCCACUGGUGGUCAGAGACUAACAAGGAAUUGGAGCCGAAGCGGUGAUCGGCGAACGGAACUGACGCGCGGCGAGGAAGAGCACGGAAUCGAGCUGACGUGGAGUUGUUGGCGGCAAAUCCGGAGUACCCGAUUUGAAGGGGAUUUAAAUAAUAUUGAUAAUAUUAAUUUCGACAUCCGUAAGAGGAUUUAUUUGACUAAUAAUUGGUUAAGCGGUUGGGAUGGGGAUAAUUCCCAAGACCCGAAUCUGGCAGUUCAAACUUUAACCCCCUGGAUUAUCCUCAUGAAACCGAUCGGGUUUCCUUCUUGGGGUCGAAGUCUUGGGGGGACUUUAAAUCUGUUUGAGUACUACAACAACCUCUGCAUUCAAAAAACUUUCAAGGGGUGGUUGGUUGAUAGUUUACAACGAAUUCGGUUGGACCAAGGGCUGAGUGAGGCGAGCUUUCUUUCUAGCUGUCUUGCUCCUCGGACGGAAAUCGCCGAACAGCGGCAGAUAGAAACAAUGGCAGAACAAAAUAUUUGCCAGGACCAGAUCGUGGAGUUCUCCACUGAUGAUGUAGCUGUGAGUAUGCAGAGGGCGAAAAUGAGCCUCCUUGGGAGACUAUUCAUUGAGAACAGGCCGAGUCUGGCGGUCAUUCACAAGAUUGUUACUGGUGCUUGGGAAUGCAGGAAGAAAGUUCAGGUGAUGGAGGCGGAGAUGGGGCUGCUGCAAUUUCUGUUCGACGACACGGAGGACAUGGAAUGGGUGCUCAAGCGCACGCCGUGGCCAGUCAAGGACCGGGUGUUGCAUCUCCAACGCUGGUCACCGGUUUCGGAAGAGGUUUUUGACUCCCUUGGUUUCGUACCAUUCUCGGUCCAGAUGUGGGGGAUCCCCUCCCACUGCCGCACGAUCGCAUUCGGUCGAAGGGUGGCGGAAUCGAAGUUGGGUGAGGUCCUGGAUGUUGGCCUGUUUGGAAUCAAAGGGGAGUCUGACCAGUUCCUCAAAGCCAGAGUGAAAAUCAAUGUGCUUCAGCCGCUGCGGUCACAAAUUUGGGCUAGCAAUGAGGUCGCCGGCAAAUUCUGGGUGACCUUUGCUUACGAAUUCCUUCCCCUGUUCUGCUUCCACUGCGGGCGGUUGGGGCACAUGGAGCGCAAUUGUGUGCUUCCAGAUCCAAGUGGUGAAGAAAGAUUUAGCCAGGAGAUGGUGACUACGGAGGUGGGCUUUCGGCUGAAGGAAGAUACCCUCAAACCUGCCCAAUUCAACCCUCCGCCGCUCCCGCAGUCUGUGUGGGUAAAUCCGAAAACCAAAGGGAAGGUGGCGGUGGGGUCGGCGACUGAUCGGGGCGACAAGCGGAUGAGUGAGUCCAAGAGCCUCGGGCGGGAGGUGGUGCUGGCGUUACCGGCAGAAGGUGACCGCGUCGGGAAAGGGGGGCAGGGGGUUUGGAGCCGCGAAGGGAAUAGGCAGGGUGGGGUCGGGGGGAGUCAGAAGGGAGGACGGGGUGCUCGUGUGGAGGAGAGGGAGCCGAUGGAGCCCCGGUCAAAGAAGCAGAGGGAGGCUGUUGGGCGGGGCGCAGGUGAGCGUGGUAAUCAAUUGGUGGAAGGAGGGGGCCGGCCGGAGGUGGGAUUGAUGGGGCGGGGAGAUGGUGGGAAGUCAGGGGGGCAGGGAGGAUUGAAGAAGGAGGGGGGAGUUCUGGCGGGGAGGGGUGCGAUAAGGGAAAAAGAGAAGGGGCUGGGUAAAAGGGGAAAGUUGGAGACGGAAGGGCAGGGUGCGGCUGGGCUACCAGACGGGGGAAGCAAAGGGAAGGAGAAGAAAGGGGACUCGCCAAAAUCCCCACUUGUUGGGGCUGGGGAUGCGGGUGAGGCGGUAGCACAGGUGGGGUUGCAAUCGGAAAAGGUGGAUAAGAAUGAGGUGGUCGCGGGAGUGGUGGAGGAAGGGGAGAAGCCGGAAGUUUUAGAUGCCGAACCAAAAGUGACGGACGAAUACGGGACCAAUUUCCCCAAGCUGUCGGAGGUGUUCAGGAUGGCGAUUGCGGAAGACGAACUGGUAGAGAGAAAGAGAUCGGUGGAGAUGGUGGAGGAUCUUGCGCAGGAUCCAACACCCACGAAGAAACUGUGCGCUGAAAAUCCGAACAAGGAGGACAAAGAAAUGGUGGAGGUAGCCAGCCCGAAAUGGCCCCAGUUGGAUAAAUGAGACUCCUGUCUUGGAACGUGCGUGGGAUUGGGCCGUCCCUAACGUUCCAAUCGUUGUUAGGCUUAAUUAGAGUCAAUAAUCCGGAUUUGGUGUUCUUGUCGGAGACCAGGUCUCGUCGAAAAGUUGUUAAGCGUCGUAUGCGUGGGUUGGGGUUUGAUUUAGAGUCGUGUUUUCUUGUCGAUGCCGUGGAUUCUUCUGGCGGCCUAGUUGUAGGGUGGUCCCCGAGCAUUUGUGCUACGGUGUUAUGUAGUUCGUCGUUUUUUAUUUCAAUUCGGAUUAAUAAUAUGGAUGUUCCGUA